AUGUGCAUCAGCCACGACAUCAUAUCUAGGCACCCGCCAAUCAAUGGCCGCCCUUCUCACGGAACAUCUGAAGAGUUACCUCGAGUCUGCCUCGACCUUGCCUGGACCAUCCUCAUCUUCCACUUCCCCCAUUUUCGCAACACCAUCUCUGGAAAGACCGUCCAGGAAAGGGGCGUUGCCUUCGUCGCAGUCAUGCCGUUAUCUCGGUCACGGUUGGGCCUGAACGUCCAUCACGGCAUUUCUACUUCCAAUCCAGGCAGAAUUUACAGUCAUCAUUCCCGCGAGGUACCUCGUAUGGACGAGGACUGUAUGGAAACGGUACGGGCGAGUCUCGCGGCCGCGACCAAUGCGCCAACUAUACCCUCCCGUGACCCUCUGUGGAUACGCCUUGCUCUCAUCAUCUCACUGUUUAUCCCGAUCAUCGCCGAUCUCCCGACUGCUGACUCUCCCUCGAUCCCACCCGGACGAGCCAUCCACCGUGUCAGCUGUAACAUCACUAGCUGGCUGGCCCGCUCCCCCCAACAUCUCGAUUUUGUGCUCUCACACCGACAUCUUCCUCCGGGGCCUAUUCGCGUCCGUGACCGGCACACUCGGGGUCGAAACCAUGGGCCUCGUGCGGACCUGAGGGAUAUCCGUCGUAUCCUGCAGAAUGACCGUCUCUCAGAUCCGCAACGUCCCCUCGUUGACUCCGAGACAAUCUUUGCCCGUCAUCAGAUGCCCCGUUCAGCCGUGCGAGCUCGCCGCCGCCUUCGUGGCAACAGAGUCGACCUCGACCCUGAAGAGGAUCAUGUCCGUCUAGCACGCAGUUCUAUUCCGCUUCCGGGUGACCACCGCCGUGCCCGUGUACCAUCCCUCGAACGCCAGGACGCCUUCCGCGAUGCGCGGACCACCAAGCGCGCGAUGAAAGCUAGCUCGCGCAGCCGACAGGAUUUCCAAGACGUCCCGACAAACGACCUGUAUCGCAUCGGGCUUCUUUCUUCGGACAACGAACACGUUCAUGGCGCCGAAUUUACCCUGGACGCCAUCGUCCACGACGAGCCGACCUAUUCCAUCACCACGCGGCUCGGCAAGCGAGGAAAGAACAAUCGCAAGGAUGACAACAUGUCUACCAAGCUGGCUCUGGAGUGGGACUUCGCCGGCCUCGAAGAAGACGAACAGCUUGCCCGCUAUCUGGUUUCCUCGCAGCAAUAUGGCCACGGAGAGGAUGGUUCCGUGGUUCCGCGUCACGGAUAUCGGACCAUCUGGCGAUCGCCUGUCCAAUCGACCUCGGCCUCUGCGACGGCCCCUUCGGGUGAUGACGACGAGCCCGUCCCAGACCUCAUCACGGACACGGAUAGGGCAACAGAAGACGAUCAAGUUUUCGACGAUGACGACCCGGAGGAGGAUGCUGAGCUUGACUGUUGGACAAAUGAAGAGGGAGAACCUGGAUGGGCUGUCUUGUCCCCGACGAUCAUUCGGGACUCGGUCCGGGAAGACCAUGACGUCGAAGGCGCCGCCACAGAAGACGCCUCCACUGGACCUUGGAUUGUGCUGGGAGACGGCUUGUAA